AUGUCACUUGAUGAAGUUUCAGAGUUGAGAAAAUUGCAGAUUAAUGAAUUAGAUGAAACUCGUCUGGAUGCCUAUGACAACACUCAGCUGGCGAAGGAACGCAAGAAAAUUCUACAUGAUCAGAAAAUUCAUCCCAAGCAUUUCACACUUGCCCAGGAAAUUCUUCUUUACAACUCUCGCUCACAUAUUUUUCCUGGUAAAUUGAAAUCCCGAUGGAGUAGACCGUACAUUGUAAAUAAGGUUUAUCCUCACGGGGUGGUAGACAUUGUCAAUCCAAAGAAUGAUAAUAGCUUCGCUGUCAAUGGACAAUGUCUCAAGGCGUUUAUGACUGCUUUUGAUCCAAACGAAGAAAUCUUGCUUAUGUAA